AUGGUAGUACUCGCUAAUUUAUUUUCAUGCUUCUUUACAGCACCAUCUCCCAAUACAUUAACCGUCAAGAAACAUCCUGCUAUUCGGUUACAGGCAACUACAACACAGACCAAUAACUCUUCGAAUAGUCAAUUAGAAUUGAGUGCCUCUACAAGAACAAAAUUAGAGAAUGCUUCAAAUAAUAACUCAUCUGGUGACAAUGAGUCCUUUGUUAAAAAGUCUAGAUCUUGGAGAAUUUCCUUCCGAAGAAAGUCUUCAAGUCCAAACUCUGAUUCUACAGCUCUCCCACCACUUGUUAACGAAUCCAAGUCAAAGAAUGGUCCACUCACUUUGCAAUCCUCGAAAAGUACUAGAACUCUCCCACUCCAAACUCAAUCCUCCACCAUUACUAAUACUUCAUCCACUGCCCGAAACUAUGCAAGAACAAGAAGUAGAGCCAAGAGUAAAUCAACUGGCAGUUUAAUGACAACAACUCAAGGUUAUACACCGAAUGUUAUUCCUGCAGUACUGAAACCAGGACAAUCAAAUCAAAACCAAACUCAGGGAGCAAUAAGGAAAAAUCCAAAAGAAAACUUUAAACCUGUUGGUUCAUGUUCUGAGAAAUCAGCCAAACUAAACCUUUCCCUUUCAACAAUGCCUCCAUUGGCUGUUAAUACGAGUAGAAGGAGACCUCCAGGACAAACAUCAUUUGCAUUCCAAGAACAUACAUCGCAACACUUUUCCAAAAAGCAUGUCAAUGAAACAUUUAUGGAUUGGAUUCAAACCACUGAUUACUAUGCCAAGAUUGAGCAAAACCUAAAGAAAAAAUAG